AUGUUAAAGUUUUUUUUAUUUUUCUCUUUACAGAAAAGUGAGAGGCGGCAACAGCAUGCUGUGAAAGAGACAGAAUUCCUCCGCUUAAAACGAUCUCGCUUAGGUGUUGAUGACUUUGAAUCCUUAAAGGUGAUUGGCCGAGGUGCAUUUGGUGAGGUGCGCCUUGUCCAGAAAAAGGAUACGGGUCAUGUGUAUGCUAUGAAAAUUCUCCGGAAGAUUGAUAUGUUGGAGAAAGAGCAGGUUGCACAUGUCCGGGCAGAGCGUGAUAUCCUGGUGGAAGCAGAUCAUCAAUGGGUUGUGAAGAUGUACUAUUCUUUCCAGGAUGCACUGAACCUCUAUCUGAUCAUGGAGUUCUUACCAGGAGGUGACAUGAUGACCCUCCUGAUGAAAAAGGACACGUUGACAGAAGAGCAGACUCAGUUCUAUGUUUCAGAAGCAGCAUUAGCAAUAGAUUCAAUACAUCGGCUGGGAUUUAUUCACAGAGAUAUCAAACCAGAUAACUUACUAUUGGAUGCAAGGAUCAUUUCUUUCCUCAAACCUCGGUUAUUUGCAUUUUCCAUUGAUUCGGACAAUAUUUCUUUUCUUUUCCCUGUUAACAUUGGUUUGUCAUGUUAA